AUGAUUCCGGAGCCCAUAGCGGCAGCAGUGGAUAUCUUUAGAAAGAAGGCGGAUACAUUCCAGGUCCAAGUAGUGUGCUUUGAGAGAUUCGCCCCCGAAAACCUAGAGGAGCACGGCUGGGAAUGCCGUUUGCCGUUCUGGUCACUACUAUCGGCUAAUAACCUGGACUUUUACGACCGUCGCCGGAAGGAAAUAAUCCUGUCCGCUCGAGACAUACAAGUGUUUCUCGACCCUGUCAUUGAUAUGGCUCAUGUUUACUUGGUCGGAGGUGGGGCAGAAAAUGCCUACAUCUUACGGUCAGUCAAGCAGAGGAUAAAGGAUAAACAUGCGCUAGAUGUCUACACUCCUGACAAGCCGCAACUGGCCGUCGUCAAUGGAGCGGGAGUUUACGGCCUCGAUGAUGUGCUAACCAUCCACAAAUGUCCCCAGCAUAUCGGGAUUGAAUGUGCCCAGCGGUAUGACGCAGACAGACAUGGUCAGCCACGACCAGAGCUCCUUACACAAGACCCUGUGGACGGUAGAAACGUGGUGACCGGGCCGGCGAUCUGGGUGUUCGAUAUAGUAACUACAAUCACUCGCGUUUCAACUUUGAAAAUGAUACGGAAUACUUUCUUGACUCCACGGCCACCGACUUUUGCGACAGAGGAUCCGAAUGUAGCUCAUCUGCCUGUGGCUUUGGCUUGCGGUUAUUGA